AUGUGGUCAUACAUAUUUGGUGGAAGAGGUAAACAAAAGAAGGAGUUACCUAAAAAGGCUAUAUUAGACCUCCGUGAACAUAUACAACUAUUAUCGAAAAAGCAAUCUCAUUUACAGACCCAAAUUGCAACCCAAGAACAAAGUGCUAGGCAGUUUUUGUCUAAGGGUAACAAGACUAUGGCUAAAAAUGCCCUUAAAAGAAAAAAGUUAUUUGAAGGUCAAUUGAAUAAGAUCGAUGGGCAAAUGGAUUCUCUAGAACAGCAACUAUAUUCGAUAGAAAAUGCAAACUUGAACCUAGAGACAAUGAAGGCCAUGAAGCAGGGUGCAUCCGCUAUGAAACACAUACAUGCUGGUUUAGAUGUGGAAAAGGUGGACGAGGCAAUGGACGAGAUUCGCGACCAGGUAGAGCUGGGAGAAGAAAUCAGCGAAGCUAUAUCAAGACCUUUGUACGUGGGCGUUGCAGAUAUUGAUGAGGAUGAACUUGAUGAGGAGUUGGAUAUGCUAGCACAAGAGGAGACAGCGAAGAAGGUUGCACAGCCUGGCGCUGCGUCACCUGCAGCUAAGGUAUCCUUGCCAUCAGUUCCAACUGGUAACCUAUCAGAACAAGCACAGGCCAAUAGUAACCAGGGAGAAGGAGUCGUGGAAGACGAGGAUGAGGAUGAACGAGCAUUGAAAGAACUGCAGGCGGAAAUGGGACUAUGA